ACGAGCUGGCACCCUCUUAUCUGCCGGUCACCUUGCCAAGCGUCCCACACGGUGCCUCAACACACAAGACAGUUCACCAGGUGCUCGUGACCAGGUGAGAGGCUCCUCCGCGCAGACCGAGUGUAAGGCCUCUUUCGCACCUGUCUAGUGAGCAACAGACCGACAAAUAACGCUGACGUAACCACGAGGCAAGAAAAGAGAAAGGGAGAAGGAGAGAAGAAGAAGAGAGAGAAAAAGAGAGAGAGAGAGAGAGAGAGAACGAUAAGUGACUGGCGGCCCGGUCUGCGUCUGGUUCACACACACACACACACACACAGACACACACACACACACACAUCAUGACAUCCCGCCCCGUCCUUAGCCUUCUCUGCCUCGCCGUCCUCCUUGGGGCGGCGGUGGGACUUACGGUGGAUCCUGUGCGCCUUAUCAACCGGAGCUACAUCACCUUCGCCCUCAACACCACAGCCAACAACAGCGUGAUCGAUUGUCCCUAUACACUGAACGAAGGGGAGCGGGUGUCACAGGUGGUCUGGAAGUUCUUUGAGGAGGGGCAGGAGGUGGGCGGAUACGUGUGGUCGCCUAGAGCUGGGGGAAGAGCCAGCGGGCGCCUGCAUGACGUGGUGGACCUGACCCGGGACGACGCGGCGCUGGAGCUGACGGAGUUGCGCUACGACCUGGGCGGCGAGUACUCCUGCCGCGUGGAGCUGAACAACGGCGAGGCGAAGGAGUCCGACCCAUGGGAGGUGCUGAUCGUGGACGUCAUCGGCUCUAGUCACCUCAACUCCUACAGUCCAAAAUGUCUCUUCAUGGCCAGCUUUAACUCGCCCACCAUGUACCCCGAGCCCACGCUGAGUGCCGGAAUGUACUCGGAGUCGCAGGGCCGGUACAUCAAGCAGGUCUCAAGCAUGGAGUGGCUCAAGAUCCUGUACCCCAACGACUCCAUGGCUUACUCGUUCAGGAAUUUCACGUUUGAGAUCGACUCCGAGACACCGAACGAUAUUGUCUUCGAUGUCAGCUUAGGCUUCACCAAGGCCAACGGGGACUACAUCUCCCUCGGCAAACUCAUCAGCAACAGCUCCUCGUGGGGUGAGUACGGCUGCCCUAACGUGGAGGAGGGCACGAAUAAGGACGUCUACUUCUUCCCCGGCAGUAGCUACGCCUGUCGCGGCGGAAGGAAGCCCACGACGAAGGCCACCAUCGUGUGCAAGAGAGGUUACCAGCCGAAAGGAGAAGUGGGGACAGUGGUGCUGCGGUGUGACGCCGACUCGCUGACGUGGAGGCCGGAGAAGGGACACACGGCGCUGGAUGAGGACCUUGUGUGUGUGAAGACCGACAUCGAAAGCGGAGGAGGUGGAAGUCCCAGAUCUGCCCUUUUGUCUUCCUCUCUCUUUUUCGUCUCCCUCCUCCUCCUCCUCGUCCUGGGCCGCGAGAAUCUGUAGACUCGAGGGUAUGAGUGUUGCGUCUCCUCCGUGACCCGCAACACAAGAUGGCAAACAAAAUAGUGUACCAAACGAGUUAUGCCGUUUCUGAUUUUUAUAAGCGGCGUGAUUGUGUGUGAUAGUAGCGUAAGACAACCCUUAAUUGUUAGUCUAUUUAUAAGCAAGUAUACAAGUGAUUAUAUUUUAUUAUGUUUUAGUAAAGAAUUCGCUAGUGCAGUGAAGAAGCGUUUGACCGACCGUGGAUGAGGAAAAUCUGGCAACGAAAAAACAGAUCACGACACAAAUGAUUGAUUGAUUGAUAGUUUAUUGUUGCAAGUAAACAACAAAGGAGAAAAUGAGAUAACGAAAACAAGAAAAGAGAGAGAGUGAUAAAUGAAUGGGAGCAAAUGAGGAAUGCAAUAAAAGAAGAAAGAAAACAACAAGAAAGAGAAACUGAUAAACGAAUGACAGGAAAUAAAAAAAUAUGCAAAAAAAGAAUAAAGAAAACAAUAAAAGAAAGAGAAAAUGAAAAAUGUCUGACAGUAAAUAAAAAAAAUGCAAUAAAAUAGAAAAAGAGAAAACAGCAAUAAAAGAGAGAUAAUAAUCGUACGCACGUAAAUAAAAUAAAAUAAAAACAAUACUACGAUGAUGAAUACAAUGACCACCAGUGAAAUCAAAGUCUCGGGAGAAGAACCAUUAGCAAAGUUAACUCAGAGAAAACGGGAGGUCGACGGGUGACUGAGGAAGCAGAGGAACAAUCAAGCGGAGGAGGAGGAGGACCUAGGAAACGAUUAAAGCGAUACAGACCAAAAGAAGAAGAAGAAGAAAAAAAAGCAACAGUAGUAGUAGAGGAGGAGGUGGAGGAGGAGGAGGAGAGAGUGUGAGUUAGUGCAGAGGAGAGCCCUUCACCUUUCGCUUCCGUCACGUGAGGCAGGUGAAUCGAGGCCAUUAGCGGGAGGAGGCAGGUGGGUAGGAGGGGGGGGGAGGGGUGCACUGUACAAUAAUCACCGACAUACGAACAUACCAUCCCACGCCUCCCCCACGCCACGCCACUCACCCACAUGCUUCCACCCCCUACAACCUAUCACCGCCCUCCUACGCACACCCACGCCUUGUUAUUUCACCCCUACACCACGCCCACACACUUCUUCAACUCCCUCUUACACGCCAACACACCUCGUCAUUACCAUCCUACACAUCCACACGCCUCUUCAACGAUUCCCUACACGCCCAUUCGCUCCUAAACUCCAUCCACGCCCUUUCACGCCAACACAAUGCCUUUUCACAUACCUACAUGCCCCCUACACGCCCUCCCAUACGCUAAUACCCACACAUAAACCCUUAAACAUCUUCCUACACGCCAACACAGCCCUCCCACGCCAUCCCCACGCCAUCACAUGCCUCAUAACAUAAUAACCUCGCCUCACGCGCGCCACAUCCUCUCUCUCUCUCUCUCUCUCUCUCUUGGCCAAUGAUAAUCAACGAGGUAAGGUGAUGAGGCAAGGCUUGAGGAAGUAUAUCAUUUCGUUGCGGUUUUAACUGAUCGCUCACGGCCACGUAUUUCCCAUCUCGGUAUCUCUGUUUGGUGCCGGGGUAUGCUAUGUUAUGCUGUGUGCCCCCUGGCGUGGUGAUAGAAUGAUAUAUGGAGUGAUAGCAGUAAGUCUUGUGCUGCUCCAAGUGUGUACUGUGAUAAGUCUGUUUGCUAUUCGCUGUCACCCUUCCUUUCUCUCUCUCUUUUUCUCUCUCCUUUUCCUAUGUUCUCUCUCUCCCUCCUCCUUUCCUUUCUUCCCUCCCUCUAUCUCUCUCUUCCUUCCCUCUCUCCUUCCCUACCUCCCUUCGUCUUAUGGUCUUAUGUUCUACUGUUUUCUUCCUUCCUCCGUCUUUCCCUCUUUCACUCCCUCUUUCUCUCUCCCUCCCUCCUUAUGUUCUCUCCCUCCCUCCCUUUCUCCUUCUCUUCUCUUCCUUCCUCCCUCUCUUCCCUCCCUCCUUUCUUCUCUCCCUCUCUCCCUUCCUCCCUCAACCUCCCAACACACACACACACACACACACACACACACACACACACACACACACACACGAAGGGCGCUAGUGAGAAACACGUCACAGGUGUAUAAUUAGUUGCCCACCUGAGAGUUUGCACUUGCAUGAGGUGUUCUGCAGGUAUGCCAACACUACUCACCUGUACUUAUUUCUCUUAAUUAUUCACACCCGCCAUUACCUUCCUGCAUCGCUUCGUGUGAAUAAAUCUUCCACUAAGACACGGGGAUUAACAGAUCACACGCAGCUUAGUUAAUCGGUAUCCUCAGACGCAUUUUCGCCUCUAAUAUCAACUUUGUCCCAAGACCUCAAAGGAGAUUAACCGCGUUCACGAGAAAGCCUUGUCAAAUGUGUGUGUGUGUGUGUGUGUGUGUGUGUGUGUGUGUGUGUGUGUGUGUGUGUGUGUGUGUGUGUGUGUGUGUGUGUGUGUGUGUGUGUGUGUGUGUGUG